AUGAAGCAAUUUGUCGUGUUGAUCGCCGUUUUGGCCGUUGCGGCUGCAGCCCCUUCGGAAACCGAUGGAUUAUUGUCCAGCGCGCUUAAGUUUGUCAAAGACUGCGGCGACAAAUCGAUGGUGCUAUGUGUCAAGGAACGCGCUCUUCAGUAUGUGGACGGUGCCCAGGGCGAUAUCGAGAUCACCGAAGGAAUCAAACUGGUCGAGACUGAGAAACCAACUGCCCAGGGUCGCUCGCUGAACGAAGUCGAUCUUCCCGUAGACCCCGAGGCCCGCGAGUCCGAAAUCGACAGUCUGCUAGUGGACCGUGCUGCCCGUUUCCUCGGAUCGCACACCCUGCAGUUCAAGGUACCGAAGGACUCCAUCGAAGAUAUGCAACGCUCUCUGGAUGAAGCCCGCGGCAAGAAGAAGAAGGUCAAGAAGCUGCUCCUGCCUCUGCUGUUGCUGUUCAAGCUGAAGGCUGCCGCCCUGCUCCCGUUGGCCAUCGGAUUCCUGGCCCUGAUCGCCUUCAAGGCUCUGAUCGUCGGCAAGAUCGCGCUGAUCCUGUCCGCCAUCAUCGGUCUGAAGAAACUGUUCGACAAGAAGCCCGAACAGAGCUACGAAGUCGUCGCCCAUCCGCACUACUCGCACUCUACCUCCUUCGACGAUCACCACGGAUACGCACGCUCUCUGGAUGCCCAGAACCUGGCCUACUCUGCUCACACCCAGUAA